CUGGGCACGGGGCUGAGUGAGGGCGCUGACCUCGGCCCGGGAGUCUUCGGAGCCCGGGGACCUCCGUGCCCACUUGGGGCCUGCGGGGCGCACGCUGCGCCGGAGCUUCCGCGGCUUGGACUCCUCGGCGGGGCGAGGUCAGGUGCCCCCGCUUCGCACCUCCUCUCCCUCGCGGUCCCUCCCCCACCCCGGCGGCGGCGGGGGAGCCCGUCCGCCCCUUCCCGCGGCGGCGGGGGUGUAAGCCGGCUGCGGAGCUGACUGCGGCCCCGCAGCCACCCGGCCCCAACUCUCCGGAAGCAGCCGGAGCUCAGGCCGCCGCCGAAGCCCGGCCCGACCCGACCCACGGUGGGACCCGAGGCGCCGGCCCCUCUGCGCCCAAACUUGGGAGUACUUGACCUUUGGCUGUCAGAGGAGGCAGGCCCGCAGGUGGCUGGACAGCUGCGGCGCUGCGAGGGCAUCUUGCCUGGGAACUGUCGGCUUGCACUCCCGGGGCUCCUGGCUUUGCCUCUGGGAUCCCAAGGUGUCCACACCAGGCGCAUGGUGACUGAGACCUACAGUCAUGGAUGUGUGCGCCCGUCUUGCCCUGUGGCUUCUCUGGGGGCUCCUCCUGCAUCAGGGCCAGAGCCUCAGCCACGGCCACAGCGAGAAGACGGCCGGAGCCGGUUCCGGGGCGACUAACGAAGAGUCCACGGCAGCAGAAUUUUGCCGGAUUGACAAGCCCCUUUGUGACAGUGAGGAUGAGAAGCUCAGCUUUGAAGCAGUUCGCAACAUCCACAAGCUGAUGGAUGAUGAUGCCAAUGGUGAUGUAGAUGUGGAAGAAAGUGAUGAGUUCCUGAGGGAAGACCUCAAUUACCAUGACCCAACAGUGAAACACAACACCUUCCAUGGUGAGGAUAAGCUCAUCAGUGUGGAGGACCUGUGGAAGGCUUGGAAGUCCUCAGAAGUGUACAAUUGGACCGUGGAUGAGGUGGUGCAAUGGCUGAUCACAUACGUGGAGCUGCCUCAGUAUGAGGAGACCUUCCGGAAGCUGCAGCUCAGUGGUCAUGCCAUGCCAAGGCUAGCUGUAACCAACACCACCAUGACAGGGACUGUGCUGAAGAUGACAGAUAGGAGCCAUCGGCAGAAGCUGCAGUUGAAGGCCCUGGACACAGUGCUGUUUGGACCUCCUCUUCUGACUCGCCAUAGUCACCUCAAGGACUUCAUGCUGGUAGUGUCUAUUGUUAUUGGUGUGGGCGGCUGCUGGUUUGCCUAUAUCCAGAACCGUUACUCCAAGGAGCACAUGAAGAAGAUGAUGAAGGAUUUGGAAGGAUUACACCGAGCUGAGCAGAGUCUACAUGACCUUCAGGAAAGGCUGCACAAGGCCCAGGAAGAGCACCGCACAGUGGAGGUGGAAAAGGUCCAUCUGGAAAAGAAGCUGCGCGAUGAGAUCAACCUUGCCAAGCAGGAAGCCCAGCGGCUGAAGGAGCUGCGGGAAGGUACAGAGAAUGAGCGGAGCCGCCAAAAAUAUGCUGAGGAAGAGUUGGAGCAGGUUCGGGAGGCCUUGAGGAAAGCAGAGAAGGAGCUGGAAUCACACAGCUCAUGGUAUGCUCCAGAGGCCCUUCAGAAAUGGCUGCAGCUGACACAUGAGGUGGAGGUUCAGUACUACAAUAUCAAGAAGCAAAAUGCUGAGAAGCAGCUGCUUGUGGCCAAAGAGGGGGCCGAGAAGAUAAAAAAGAAGAGAAACACACUCUUUGGCACCUUCCAUGUGGCCCACAGCUCUUCCUUGGAUGAUGUGGAUCAUAAAAUCCUUACAGCUAAGCAGGCACUGAGCGAGGUGACAGCAGCACUGAGGGAGCGCCUGCACCGCUGGCAGCAGAUUGAGAUCCUCUGCGGCUUCCAGAUUGUCAACAACCCUGGCAUCCACUCCCUGGUAGCUGCCCUCAACAUAGACCCCAGCUGGAUGGGCAGUACACGCCCCAACCCCGCCCACUUCAUCAUGACUGACGACGUGGAUGACAUGGAUGAAGAGAUUGUGUCACCUUUGUCCAUGCAGUAUGCUGCCUGGCUGAUGGGGCGUAGGUCCAGUGACCGUUCUCUCUGCUCUACAUCCGCCGGCUCGGAUGAUCAGUCCCUCUGGAAAUACCCGGCUCCCAGCCUGCAGAGCAGUGUCCGGCAGCGCCUGACAGAGACACAGCACGGCCUGGGAUCUCAGAGGGAUUUGACCCAUUCCGAUUCGGAGUCCUCCCUCCACAUGAGUGACCGCCAGCGUGUGGCCCCCAAGCCUCCUCAGAUGGGCCGUGCUGUGGAUGAGGCUCUCAAUGCCAUGACUUCCAAUGGCAGCCAGCGGCUGACUGAGGGGGUCCAUCCAGGAUCUCUGGUAGAGAAAGUGCCUGACAGCCCCGCUGUGGCCAAGAAAGCAUUACUGGCACUGAACCAUGGGCUGGACAAGGCCCACAGCCUGAUGGAGCUGAGCCCCUCAGCUCCACCUGGUGGUUCCCCACCUUUGGAUUCUUCCCGUUCUCAUAGCCCCAGCUCCCCAGACCCAGACACACCAUCUCCAGUUGGGGACAGCCGAGCCCUGCAGGCCAACCGAAACACACGCAUUCCUCACUUGGCUGGCAAGAAGGCCAUGGCUGAGGAGGAUAAUGGUUCUAUUGGAGAGGAGACAGACUCCAGCCCAGGCAGGAAGAAGUUGACCCUCAAAAUCUUUAAGAAGCCUCUUAAGAAGUAGACAAGAUAGGGGUGACAGUGGUGAGACAGCUUGUCCUUCCCUGGGUCUUCUGCCUCCCUGUCCUUCCCUUUCUUUAAGAUAUCUGGCCCUUUGCCUGGGGAACAGAGGGGCUGGCCCAGCGGCCUGGGCACUGUACAUACCCACUUCCCUCAUCCUUGGGUCCUUCAUCAUUAUUUAUUAACUGACCACCAUGGCCUGCCUGCCCUGCUUCUCUCCCAACCACGGGCUGCUGCUGCCACCCCCUCUCCACUUCAGUGCAUGUCUUAGUUGCUGUUCCCUCAGCUCCCAACUCCACCUCUGGGUGCAGCUUCUGUCUCUGCUAUCCCAGUUUGAGGUUUGGUUUUUUUGUUUUUUGUUUAUUUUUGUUUCUGUCUCCUGAUUUUAGACUCCUCCCUCCCACCACUCUCCAACUUCCUGUAGCAAUUGUGGGGAAAUAGGAGGAGUAACUUCUGACACCUGCUUGUACCUCAGAUAUGUUCAUCCCACCUGCAAUCAUUCUGUUUGCCAUAGACUUGGGCCAAGGGUUUACUCUUUGGAGUUUGUUCGGGAAGGUGGGCAGGGGGGGAGUGAAACCAAUUUCCAGAGAACAAUCCACCAGAUCUUAAAGUGAGGCUAGGUUUGGGAUGGGUUGGAAGAGACCUCUUCUAGAGGAUAAAUGGAUGCCAAAGCUGCGGCCUAUAAGGCCUUCACCUUUCCUCUCUUAUCCUGCCCACACCUGCCUUCUUCUUACCCCUUUUCCUCCAUACUGCAGGAGCGUUAGUCUCUAUGAGGUGCUGCCCCAAAGCAACCCAAAGCAUCAAUACUCCUGGAGCUCAGGAUAAUUGGCUCCUCUGGCUGUGUGAGCCACCAGUCAUGACUCAGGACUCUUGUGAAACCCUGGAGUUGUUGGGCAAGAAUGUUGUAUUUGAACCAAAAGACAAAAGUUUAAACAUGAACAAAAGGAAAUCUCCUGAAUUUCCCAAGUGCCUGCACAGUGUACUUCCCUGUCAGAUUCCCCUGAUUUUCAUGUACUGCAUAAUCUGGGCCAGAGGCUCCAAAAGAACACAACUGGUUUGGAAAAGAGAUGGUGAGGAAGAUGGUAUAUGUGAAAGCUGCUGUGUGACCACUUCCCUCUACCCUUCUCAUCUUCUAGACAACUCUCUCCUUUACCUGUUUUUGCUAUGGCUGUAAAGGUAUUUUUCCUCUGCCCCAUUCUGCCAUGUCAAACCCUAUUGUGGGUACAACUGGGACUGGUCUUAGGAGGGUGCUAGGCAGCAGACUGCCUUGUGCCCACUGGACACCGUCACUUGGGUUUUUCCCGUGUUAUUUCAUAAGGCUCUUUGAAGUCCAAUAAAGCAUGUAGGAGAUUUUA